AUGGAAGUGAAAGCUGAGAUUGUGUCUAAGAACACAAUAAAGCCAUCAUCUGCAACACCCAAUAACCUUCGACACUGGAAACUCUCCCUCCUCGAUCAAUUGGCUCCACCAUUUUACGUCCCUAUCCUCCUCUUUUACCCUGCUUCCGAUGCCAAAGACUUCAAAACAAUAUCUCACAAGUUGAAGGCUUCUUUAUCACAAGUCCUCACUCUCUACCCUCCCUUUUGCGGAACCCUGAGAGACAACACAACCGUUGAGUGCAACGAUGAGGGUGUUCUCUUCAUGGAGUCUAGAGUCCCCAUAGAACUCUCAAACGUUCUGAAAAACCCUAACCUUCACCAGAUCAACCAACUUUUCCCAUGCGAUCCCUACAACCCUGCAAGGGAAACCCUGCUAGGAAGCAUGGCAGUUCAGUUGAACCAAUUCAAGUGUGGGGGUGUUGCACUUGGCGUUUGCCUUUCUCACAAGAUCGCUGAUGCUUCCUCUGCAGCUUCCUUCCUAAGCGCUUGGUCUGCAACAUCAAGAAGUGAAGACAACAGAUUGAUACAACCUCAGAUGGAAGAAGGGGUGCAGGUUUUCCCACCGAGGAAGAUAGAAAUGGACAUUACUCGUGGCAUGAUGGGCCAAAAAAACGUCUUGUCAAAGAGGUUCGUAUUCAACGGGACCAACAUAUCUAGACUGAAGCAAGAACUGGGGUGCUUCGAUUUCAACCCCACCCGUGUUGAAGCCGUGACAGCACUCAUAUGGAAAUCAUCGUUGGAAGCGGCGAAAGCAAGUUCAGAGGAACAGAAGUUUCCCACGUCUGUCAUAUCCCAUGCGGUGAACCUUCGCAGCAGAAUGACCUCAACUUUGUCGAAGCAUUCAGUGGGAAAUAUGUGGCAACAAGCAGUGUCUCCGUUGGUGGAGGUAGAAGGAGAAGUGGGGUUGCGUGAUUUGGGCGAGAGAGUGAGGGAAACGGUAAGAAAAGUUGAUGGAAAUUAUGUGAGUAAGCUUCAGGGUGGUGAGUUUUAUAAGGUCUUAGAGUCUUUGAAUGAAACGAGAAUAAUGAUCUCAGAAAAGGGUGUUCCAUGUUAUAGCUUUAGCAGUUGGGUCAGAUUUGGGUUCUAUGAGACAGAUUUUGGAUGGGGAAAGCCAAGUUACGUGCGCACCAUCGGAGUGCCUAUAAAAAACGUGGUGAUUUUGAUGGGCACGAAGGAUGGAGAUGGCAUAGAGGCAUGGGUAACGUUGACCACUCGUGACAUGGUGCAUUUUGAGCAAAAUCCUGAACUUCUGCAGUUUGUGUCGUUUGAAUGUUAA